AUUAACAAGGCUACACUGGUUUUAGCGCGAUAUUGAAGCGAGUUUGGCGUUGCAGCAAAUUCAAAUUCUCGUUGUUUGUUUUCGAACGACGGAGGGCCAGUUAGAUCCAAAGACGGCGCCUCGUGCUAGGAUGGCUGCUUUGGAGCAAGCCACAUCCGAAGAGGGCAACCUCCAGCCAGCUGGUUCUGCCUACAGUGAUGUUCCCUGUGACGAGAGUGUGCUUGGUGGUUCAGCCGCGAUGCCAAGUUCAUCAAAAGACACCGACAGUGGUGAUGAAGAAAAGAAGAAUGAUGAGCCUCAAGCAAUGAAAGAGCUGGAUUCAGUUACGUUGGCUGCGCACACAACAGAACAGGUGUCCCACCGCGCAGAACUCUGCGACGAAGCUGAGCUCGAGGUGCUUCUUUGCUUACUUGAGCAGCGGCUGUCUGCUCCCGCGGUUCCUUCUACAGACGAGCAGAACCAGCAGCUCUGGGAAAAGCUACGCUCUCUUGUACCCGAGUAUAAAGGUCACAUGAAACUUAUGAGGCAACAAAUCACAGACCUUGAGGAGCUCCUUGAGGAUAACCAGCGGGAGUCACUUCACUGGCGAGAACACCACAUGGAAGAGCACAGGAAAAGGUUGGCCGCGGUGGCAGAAGACUACGAGAGGCUACAUGUACUAGCCUUGGAGCGUGCAAGCAAUGCGAGACAACAGGCUGAAAGCUUACUGAUACAGCUCGCACAGGCACAGGCAGAAAAUAAACGCCUGGAGAGUGAAAUGCAUUCAACAACUAAGCGGUUGGAAGGGGACCAUUUGCGAGAGCUUGAAGUACUGGCUGAAAAACAUGAAGCACAGUUGCGUGCUAAAAGCUCUGAGUACCAGGAGGAAGCAGCAGCGUUGAAGAACCUGCAGCAACAGUACUUGGCAGACAAGACGAAGCAUCAAGCUGAAGUGUCAUCUCUUCAUCAUGAAAAGGCUGAGCUCGAAGCACGACUCAAGGGCCAGGAAGCUAUCAAUGAGGAUCUUAUGUCUGUUCUCGAGAAGGAGAGAAACCUCAACCAACACCUUACAGUGGCCAUGGGCGAGCACGAGAAGAAAAUCGCCCAGUUGGAACAUCAGGUGUGCAAGUUGCAGUCAGAAGUGAGGCACAAGGAGAUGCUAAAUGAAGUUCUGAGCAGUAAGGUCUCAUUGGAUAUAGCAGCGGGAACUGAUAAUGUCAGGGGUCAUGCACCUUUGCCGCAGACCGAUUCCCAGAACCCCACGGCCGCCGCCAGUGGCAGCAAGGCUGACAGCGGUGUGCAGGGCAUGUCUUCCGGCAGCAGAAGUCAUGAGGAGGUGUCCGUGUGCAGCAAUGCUUCGCAAGUGUCGCCACAAGAAGGAUUGAAGUUGGACCAGGAAUUAAAGGACAUCACAUCGAAGCUCGACAAGAAAAAGGCUGCCGUGCUCCAAGCGAAGUGUCUGCUCCGAAGCACAACCAACGAGCUUCAAAAGUUGACAAAGCUUGCCGAGGAAAGGGCUAAAAUGCUGCAACGACUACAGUCUCGAAUGCAGAGCACCUCGAUGUCGUUGUCCACCCCUGGUGGUCAGAAACAAAGAGCCGGCGACGACAACGCGCAUCAUGUCCGCACAACCAGCAGCGGAUUUGUGCCACUCGCAGCAGCUCCUUCAUUUUUGAAGACCGUCAGAAAAGUGUGCAAUAGGAAAACGGCCACUGCGCAAAAGGAAUCGCUCGGCACUCUUGCAAGUGUGUCUAGCAUACAGAACAACUUUGAAAGUUCUGGAAUUUCAGAUCACGUCGAACUUCCCUUGGAUGAAAUGUCUGAUUCUGACGUGUUCGAAUCGACUCAUUUGCAUGAGAAGCACUCUGCCAUGCCCAAAGCAGCAUAUCGUCUGCCUCGGCACUUGUGUAGCACGUUUGAAAUGGAAAGCAUUGAAACGCCGCACAAACUUGCUGGGGGUUGCUUUCAAUAUUCGGAAGAGAAAUCCUACAUGUCAGAUGCUGUUUUUAAAUCUCACGUCAUUGACGAUCAAGACCCAGGAUCGGCACGCAAGUUCAGCUUUGGCUUUAAACAGGCAACGUCUUUAUUGGAUCAGUCUUCAAAAGCCGUCACUCCCCUAAAAACCUCUACUGAAGAGGUCGACACAGAUAAGGUGAACACUCGCGGUGCUUCUAGCAACUUGGAAGACAAGAGCCCCAUGCAGAAGGCGAUAUCACGCAGUCCUUGGGAACGAGAUCAGUCCUGCAGGAGGAGUCGCAGCGGCCACGGGGUACAGUCCACACCCUCAUACGAUUUUCCUUUGCUGGGCAAGAGCAAGGUCUGGAAUUAUGUCGACCACAACAAUCAUGCUUCAGAGCCGGCCUGCCACAAUGGCAAGUCGUGCACUUCAAGUGUGCAGAGGAAAGGGGCCCGGAGAUCCCUCACAUUUCCGGAGGAAGGACUUUGCCCUACAGUGCCCACCGUACAUUGCUCUGCUGGUGCGUCAGAUAUUUCUGCGAAUGUCCCACAGGAACGUUCUUUUCGUGGUGGGCCCUAUCCAGUGCCAGUGAAUGUCACAGUUCAAGUGCAAGCUUACCCAGAGUCCAAGGGCUCUCACAGAUAGCACUUGCACAAUUUCCUUUUCAUUGUAUGUAUACAUACGGUAUCUUUGUUUCAAGUUUUAUUUUUGUGUGGUUGACACACUGCCAAAUUACUUGGUACUAUGGGUUUCGUAAGUAGUGUAUAUAGUAUAAUUUCAAUGUUUCAUUACUGAACAAAAAAGCGUCUUUACUUUCUUUAGGCUGUUUUGGGGAGCUCGGUAUUUUAUUAAACUGGGCACUAUUUUUCGAAGGAAUACUAUAUAAUUGUUUUAACAGUAUUGGCAAGCACACGUGUUCACCAGAUGUGCUCGUAAUCAUAAAAAUAGUAGACAUCAUUUAUGAGCUGGCACUUAUGUUUAGUUUUUAUCAUAUAGUACAUGUAUGUACAGGCUUUUUGGAUAGUGUGAGGGCGUCGGAUAUUUUUUUAAUAUUUCUCCGUCUUGUUCUUAUUACUCCAAGUAAAGCAGAUGUUAUGUAAGGAAAUGUCCUAUUUUAUCAAGAUGGAAUAAGCUGCUCAAUUCCAGUUGCAUUUACUCUGUGCAGCUGCUUUUAAGAGUUGUGCCAUCUGAUUAAUAUAAAAAGAUGCUGAGCUGUUUAGAUUACUACACCAUAAACUAUUUCCAAACAGAUUCCCGUGAGAAUCUAUCUUUGCUUACUGAUACAGCUCUUUACAGGAGCCACGUUUUUCUAUAUUGCUCUGUAGAAUAUGACUUUACUUAUGUUGAACUUAAAUACUAGCUAACAGCGCUUUACACAAUAACGCACACACAAUGACUUACACAAGUUGUCGAAGCAAUAAAACACCACACACGGUGGGGUGUUAGCAUCUUAUACUGUGGACUGUAAGAUAACGAAUGCAGAUCGUUUGAGCCAGAGGUAUGCGAAAGUGGUAGUGUGCCAUGGAAACAUUUCUGGAAAAUGAGAAGACACCUAUAUUCAUUUAUGAUGGGUGCUGACAAAGUAGCAAAAGUGUGAUGGGCAUUUCAUGCACGACUGCCUUCCAGAGCUGUGCCUGUGAAAUUGUUUGGGCAUUGUGUAUCCUGCGUGUGCACUAGAACUGCUUGGGAAUUGUGUACGGUAUUCACUGUCACGCUCUUUGAGCUUGCGAAUCUUGUCAAUAUUUCGCAGAUUCACAAAUUGUACUACACAUUGCCAGUUUUUGCUCUGCAGCAUUCUAGUGAGUGAGAGGCUCGUUUAAGUACCAUGCAAUUGAUUCAGCAAGCAUACAUUUCUACUUUCAUGUGUGCCUGAGAAGUGAUAAAUGAAAUAUCUAGUACUAAUGAUAAAACAUGCUUGAUACAAUAACACAAUGCAGAGGUGUUAUGUGCACCUUGAUUGCAGAAGUACCCUAAAAAUGUUUACACACACAUAGCUUAAUUUUAGGUCAUAUGGUUCGUCUCCAUGAAAGGCAUUUUAGUGCACAUUCGACUAUUGCUUGACCAUUGAGCCUCUGUUUAUUGUUCAACGUGUGUAAAAAAAUGUGCAUUACUCCAGUUUUUUUAUUUAUUUUUUCUUCUUUUGACAAUAUAUGCCAGUUGUGCUAUUUUUAAUGCUCAGCGGUGUCUUUCGAUUGAGGUAUGUAUCACUUUUGCAUGAGCUGCUUUAGCAUAACUCUGCAUUACAACUGUAUUGCUUUGCAUUCAAAAUAAUAAGGGAUGUUUGAUGCAUAUUCAUUUGUGUGCGUGUGUGCGUGCGUGUGUGUGUGUGUGUGUGUGUGUGUGUGUGUUAUAACAAGCAGAGAAGCUGUUUGUGUUAUUUUAUGAAUUUAAAGGUUUGGCAAGGUCUGUGCAAAAUUACAUUGUGCCUUAAUAGCUACUUUACUUUUUCUCAUUUGCUUGCUUUCACAAGUGAACCAGAGAACACUUUUUGAACAUGGGUCGCUUGUAAAGGUUAACAAUCUGUAGUUGAUGCACUAUAUGCAGCUUUAAGUACACAAUUUCAUUUUCUGUUGCCUUGUGAAGUGUGAAUAGUCGGCUGCGUUAUUUCGAUAGGCGCGUUGAGUGACCUUUGUUUUCACUUUCUUAUCGGAAGGACUUCCACUUCAGCCAGCAUUGUAUUUCUUCAUGAAUAUUUAUGCCUCACAUAAACAAAAGUUUUUAAAUGUGCAUAUUGCUAAAGUUUAUUUCGUUUUCAUUUUCUGAUGCUCUCAGUGAAGUUAAUCACUUAACUGAAAGGGAAUCUUUGUAAGUUGUGAUGUAUUUACAUGAAGUGUUCAAAGUGUCAUAAGUGUACAUGUUAAGGCAAUCCACAUUAGUACACAACAGAAGAACUUAUUUGGCUAAAAACAAGUGGGAAACUAAAGGGUUAUGAUGAUUGUGAUGUAAAGAAACAAUUGCUGUCGAAUUAAAUUUUUAUAGUGAAAGCUGUUUUGAGAUCA